GACACAUACAACUGGUAACUACAUAUUCUACUGCUGAAACAAAAUAACAUUAUGGCAGCAUCAGCAUAUGGAACUGCAUCUGAAUUCAGGAUUGUGAUAUUUGGAAAAAGUCAAUUUGAAAAGAUAACUUUAAGCAACUUGAUCACAGGGAAAAAGGAUUCUCGUGAUAUAACAAUAUCCAAGAAAUCUAUUGCCCAAGGACAGUGGAGGAAAAUACCCAUAACCGUAGUGAAAACCUCCGACAUCUUCAGUGUUCCUGUGGAAAAAGUCAGACACGAGAUGAAGAUGUGUGUGGCCCGUGUCCCCCCUGGGCCAAAUGUUUUCCUCCUGUUAGUGAAGCCUUCAGAUUUCACAGAGGAAAACAGACAAAGGCUGAAGUUCAUCUUGAGUUUGUUUGGUCCACAUGCGCUUAAAUACUCAAUGGUCAUCAUAACACAAAAGGAUGAAGAAAAGAAUACUGCAGUAGAACAAAUUAUUCAAGAGAGUGGACAAAGACUGCAUAACUUAAACUCUGACAAAAAAGAGUGUCUUGACUUUGAUCAGGAAACCAUGAUGGAAAUGAUGAAUCAAAUUGUGACUGAAAACAGGGGCGGACAUCUAAAUUUUUCUGACAACCCUGAUCCAACUGAAGCCCUUGAAAGUCCAAAAUCAAGGCUUCCACUUAAUUCAGCACUGUGUGAGAGAUCUGUUGUUGGGAUGGAGGAACCUGAGCAUCCAAAACCAAAAUCUCUUGUGAAUUUAGGACUAAGUAAGAGACCUCAAGUUGGUGUUGAACAACCUCAAAGGCCACAUCUAAAACCUUUAAACUCAGUAGCAUGUGGGAGCUUUGUUGUUGAAGAACCUGAGCAUCCAAAACCAAAACUUCCUUUGAAUUUAGGAAUGAGUGGGAGACCUCGAGCUGGUAUGGAAGAACCAGAAUCUCCAAAUAUGAAACCUCUUUUGAAUCUGAAACUGUGUGAGAAACCUCAAGUUGAUAUAGAAGAACCAGAGUCUCCAAAUAUGAAACCUCUUUCAAAUUUGAAACUGUGUGAAAGACCUCAAGUUGUUGUGAAAGAGCCUCAAAGUUUAAAUGUAAAACCUUCUUUAAACUUGGUACUGUGUGGGAGAUUUGGAGUUGGAAAAACUUCAACUGCUAAUGCCAUCCUGGGAGAAAGAAAGUUGAAUUCAUUAGAGUAUGUUAAACAUCAGGCAGAAGUUUAUGGUCGACUGAUUUCAAUGGUGGAGCUACCGGUUCUAUUUGGAAAAUCUCGGGAAGAAGCGAUGAGGGAAGCCUUCAAGAGCGUUUCUCUCUGUGAUCCUGAGGGUGUCCAUGCUUUUAUCCUGGUGCUACCUUUGGAUCCCCUUACCGAUGAAGACAAGGGCGAGUUGGAGACCAUCAAAAAUAUACUAAGCUCUCAAGUCAAAGACUUUACAAUAAUUCUUUUUACUGUGGAGACCAAUCCUACACACCCAGAUGUUGUUAACUUUUUAAAAAGAAACAAAGAGAUCGAAGAGCUCUGUCGGAGCUUUAGUGUCCGAUAUCUUGUCCUCAACGUCAACAACAGACAGCAGAUCCCCCAGCUACUGGAUGCUGUGGAAGAGAUAAAAAUGGUUUCCAAAAGUUUCAAAAAGGAAACCAUUGCAAAAUCUUGUAUGCACAACAGUGCAGAAUGUACAUCACAACUGGAAGAGGCUCCUCACACAUCACAGAGCCUGGAUCAACUCAGGAUUGUGAUGAUUGGGAAAACUGGAAGUGGAAAGAGUGCCACUGCAAACACUAUUUUGGGCAAAAAGUGCUUUCAUUCGAAGGCCAGUAUGAAAUCAGUGACCAGGCUCUGCCAAAAACAAACAGCGGAAAUUGAAGGGCAUCCUGUCGUCGUGGUUGACACGCCUGGUUUAUUUGACACAGCUCUAUCCAGUGAUGAAGUUAAACAGGAACUUGUCAAAUGCAUCACAUUGGUGGCUCCUGGACCUCAUGUGUUCUUACUCGUCUUGCCGAUUGGUCACUUUACAGAGGAAGAAAAACAAACUGUGGAGCUCAUUAAAAACAUUUUUGGCAAGAAUUGCAAUGACUUCAUCAUUGUGAUAUUUACCAGAGGAGAUGAUCUUAAAAACCAAACAAUUGAAAGUUACCUCAACGAAAACAGUGAAGACUUUGUCAAAAAACUGUUAACUGAUUGUGGAGGACAAUACCAUGUCUUAGAUAACAAUGAUCAGAGCCGUUUUCAAGUAAGUGAGCUGCUGACCAAGAUCGAGUCAAGAGUAAGGAAAAAUGGCAGUGGCUAUUACACCUCAGAGAUGUUCAAAGAGGCAGAGGCAACAAUUCAGAAGGAAAUGGAUAAGAUUAUGAAGAAGGAAGAAGAAAUGCAGAGAUAUAAGAGGGACCUCCAAAGACAACAUGAAGAGGAAAUCAAAGAGAUGAGGCAAAAAACUGAACAGGUAAGAGCUUCAACAGAAAAAGCAUUAGAAGAAAAAAAGGAAUUCAUUAAGAGAGAGGAGGAGAAAAAAAGGGUGGAUGAGGAAAGGGCCCAAAAGGAAAGGGAAAGGAAACAGAGGUAUGAAAUUCAGCAAAAGCAAUGGGAAGAAAAAGAGAAGGAAAUUAAGUCUGGAUCAUUAAAAAAGACAAUUAAGGGUCAAAUAUGGGUACAGAGUUCAAAAGAAAAUGAAAAAGCAAGAGAGGCUUGGAGGAAAGUACAACAACAGUGGCAGGAAACACAUCUUAGAGGAUGCCAACAGAGAUCGGAGGAGCAAACACAAUCUAAAAAACUCUGUGAAGAAUAUGAGCAGGAAAAAACAGAACAUGACCUCCGAAAAAAAGAAGAUCAACUUCGAGAAGAACAAGAGAAAAAAGAAUGGAGAGAACUGCAACAAAACCUACAAAAGCAAGUCGAGGAAAUGAGGGGAAAAAAUCAAGAGGAAGCCAGAAAGCAAGCAGAGGAGUUCAAUGAAUUUAGACAGAGAUACACCACUGACUUAAAAGCUGCAGUAGCAGAGUGUGAAAGGGAAAUUGAGAAUAUGAAGCUAAACCAACAGGAAUACAGUAGCUACAUGAUUCAACAACUGUGCCAGAACAAGGCGUAUAAGAAUGACUUUGACCAACUAAAGAAGAGACAAGAAAAAGAAAUGAAUGAGCUCAAGCCAUUUAUUCAAGACCAAAAACAAAUGUACGAGCUACAGAAAACACACGAGGAAGAAAGAAACAAGUGGAUCCGGGAACAUGUGCGUAAAUCCAAAGAAGAAGAAAGUUGUAGUAUUUUAUGAAAUGUUUUCAUAUAUUUACUUUGGUGUUGCCCCAUGACUUAUCAAUGUAAUACCAAUAUU